AUGGGUGAUAAUGAUUCGCUCUCCCAAUUCCUCGCAUCUGCGGUCGACGCUGCUCACAAGGCUGGUGAGAUUAUCCGGAAAGGUUUCUAUCAGACCAAAAAUGUGCAGCACAAAGGACAGGUUGAUUUGGUCACUGAAACUGAUAAAGCAUGUGAAGAUCUCAUAUUUAAUCAUCUCAAGCAACUUUACCCCUCUCACAAGUUCAUUGGGGAAGAAACCACAGCUGCUGGUGGCAAUGCAGAACUGACUGAUGAACCCACAUGGAUCGUUGAUCCUCUCGAUGGAACUACUAAUUUUGUUCAUGGGUUCCCUUUUGUUUGUGUAUCCAUCGGUCUCACAAUUGGAAAAAUUCCUACAGUUGGUGUUGUUUACAAUCCUAUAAUUAAUGAGCUUUUCACUGCAAUCCGUGGAAAAGGUGCUUUUCUGAACGGGAACCCUAUAAAAGUAUCAUCACAAACUGAACUAAUGAGCGCUCUUCUCGCAACAGAGGUCGGAACAAAACGUGACAACUUAACUGUAGAUGCCUGUACAAACAGGAUUAAUAGCUUGCUUUUCAAGGUGAGAUCACUUCGGAUGACUGGCUCCUGUGCUUUAAAUCUUUGCGGAAUUGCAUGUGGAAGGUUGGACGUCUGCUUUGAACUUGGCUUUGGAGGUCCUUGGGAUGUGGCAGGCGGUGCUGUCAUUGUUAGAGAAGCCGGAGGUGUUAUAUUUGAUCCAUCUGGAGCUGAUUUUGACAUCACAUCACAGCGAGUGGCAGCUUCCAACCCUUUCUUGAAGGAUGCCCUUGUAGAUGUUGUGCGCCAAAACGUUUGA